GUUGCGUCAUUUCCGGCGGUUGACUUUCCCACCGUCAGCUGUAUCACUCCGCCUCGGCCAGAAUGGGCUUAAUCACCGGGCUCUGCGCGUUCUUGUACCACCUGCCACAGAUCUACAAAUGGCUGCUGAGACCUUACUAUAUCACCUCCUUCUUCAUGACCAUCGCCUUCGUGGUGGUCCGCAAGGCUCCCGGCUUGUGCGAGCACCUCUCCACCCAGAGGGAGGACGGCAACUCAUGCGACUUCGACUGGAGAGAAGUCGAAAUUCUCAUGUUUCUGAGUGCCAUAGUGAUGAUGAAGAACAGAAGAGCAAUCACCUUGGAGCAGCACGUGGGCAACUUGUUCCUCUUCAGCAAAGUGGCUAACGUCAUCCUCUUCUUCAGGCUGGACAUCCGUCUCGGCAUCCUCUACCUGGCUUUGUGUGUGGCGUUCAUGAUGACAUGCAAGCCUCCUCUCUACAUGGGCCCAGAGUACAUCAAGUACUUCAGCGACAAGACCAUCGACGACGAGCUGCAGAGGGACAACCGCGUCACCUGGAUUGUGGAGUUCUACGCCAACUGGGCCUCCGAGUGCCAGUCCUUUGCUCCCGUCUUUGCUGACCUGUCACUCAAGUACAACUGUACUGGUCUCAGGUUCGGGAAGGUGGACAUCGGCCGUUACGGAGAGGUUUCACAAAGGUACAAAGUGAGCACGUCCCCUCUCUCCAAGCAGCUCCCCUCGCUGAUCCUCUUCCAAGGAGGUCAGGAGGUCAUGAGACGGCCAGCGGUGGACAGCAAAGGUCGAGCCGUGUCGUGGACCUUCAGCGAGGAGAACAUCAUCAGAGAGUUCGACCUGAACGAGUGCUUCCAGAAGUCCAAGAAGCUGAGUAAGAGUCGCGGUUUGAAGGAAGAACAACAAGCGGACAACUCCCGGCAAGAGGGGGCGGAGCCUGAGGAAAGUUCCGAGAGCAAGAAAGAGAAGUGAAACCACGCUUGUUUUUUUUUAUUUUCACCUCAGUGUUUUCUAAACAAACCCUAAUGUAGAAUGUAUCGGUUAUUAAUUUCAACUUUGUAUCAAUCAAGGGAAGUUUUAUUUAACUUUUUGUAUUUGUUGACUUGUGUGUAACAUGUUGUGUUAAAACCUGUCCAACUCAUGUUUACAAAUGUUCCCUUCAUUUAAACCCUAAUUAAAGUCUAAUCCAUUACACCA